CCCAAAACUAAAACCCUAAUACGACCCAACCCACUAAUUUGCAGCUCUGUAUCAAACAGACAACAGAGAAAGGAAAAGGGAGAGCAGUGAGAUCGAUCAAAUGCGAACGAUCGAAACGCUGAACAACCUGACAAGAGAGAAACAGUGAUCCACAGAAUUGUUACCCAGGGUGAAUUGUUUUAUUGGAUUAGGCGAACACGAUGGGUGUUAAACUAUAUUGAUUUUCCAUUCUGAGAGACUGUAUCAGAAUCAGUUGAGAAUGAGUUUGCUUUCAAGAAUAAGGCACUGUUUACCCCAUGGUUUGUGUAGACAAACUUUUCAGCCAACAGUAGUGCGGCUUAACUCUAGUAACAUAAAUGUUUUUUCAAGAAAUUUUGGUCAACCUGCAAGGAAAGAGGAGGAGGAUGUAGAGGAAGUGGAAAUUGACCAAAGAAGUCUUCCCGCUGAUUUUGAUCCUGCUACAUUUGAUCCCGACGAUCAUCGAGGUCCUCCGUCAGAAAGAGUUUUCAGGCUUGUUGAUGAAAUUGCAUCUCUUACAGUAGCUGAAGCUGCAGAAUUGGGUCUUGUUCUGAUGAAGAAAAUGGGAGUGAAGGAGAUGCCUAAUGUGGGAUUUAUGAAAGCAGGAGCGGGAAAUUUGGCUGGAAUGGCAGCGAAAGCACCAGCUGCGGCCAAGGAGGAGCAAAAGCCGGAAAAAACUGUGUUUGAAUUGAAACUGGAGUCCUACGAAGCGGCUUCCAAAAUUAAAAUCAUCAAGGAGGUCCGGGGCUUUACUGAUUUAGGUUUGAAGGAAGCGAAGGAUUUGGUUGAGAAAACACCUUCUGUUAUAAAGAAGGGUGUUUCAAAAGAAGAAGGGGAGAAGAUAAUGGAGAAACUGAAAGCUCUUGGUGCAAAAGUUGUUAUGGAAUGAUGUGCCUUGUUGAAUUGAAGUGUAGCUUCUGAUUUGGAAUUUGCUGACUUAAAGAUUUUUGGAUGUGAAUAAGAGGGCUAGACUGCUUGAAUGCAUGCUGAAGCAGAAAUCAAGUCUAGUAUCUGCUGUUACGUGUGUGCAGUGCACUUGAGGAGAAUUGAACAGCCUUGCAUUGACGUUGACUUGUAUGGGAAGCUUCUGGAUAAGAUGACAUGGUACAUGACAGCUGUCAAGGUGACUUGGAGUAGCAAGUUAGGAGCUCUAACAGUCAAAACCAACCACUGCACUUGGGCAACCUGCACUAGCCAGUACGUUUGGAAAGAUGUAACCUGAAUACCAGCUACCUAGGUCCUAGGUUAUGAUAGUUAAUGUAGUUAAAAGAGUUGUAAAGUUAGUUGACUGGUUUUUAGAGGUUCUUAUGACUGCUUUUACAGAUUUUUCAGUUGCUUAGGCAGUUACAUUAUAUAAGGAAUAACGAUAACUGAUUUAUUAUCAUGAUAAAGGUUCAUAGGUUCUUCACAAUUUGCUUUUAGAUCAUUCAAAAUAAUUUUCAAGCAUAACAAUUCACAUACCCCUGUGUUGUCACUAGGAAUUCAACCUUUGCACCAUGCCUUGCAACUACAUUUUUUUUCUUUUCCAAGUUACUAAGUUUCCACCCAAGGACAUGCACAAGUGAAUCUCCAAUCAGUAACAAAUGGUCUGCAACAAUGUGCAUCUCCUUUUUGGAUUUUCAUCCUUCUUAAACAACAGUCCCCUUCAUGCACUUGCCUUCAAAUAUUGAGGGAUUCUGUUCAAAGUUUUUAAGUGUUGCUCUCUUGGAUUGUGCACAAAUUGACUAUCAGAACUUGCAACAUAAGUAAAUGAGCUUCGACAAGCCACUAAUAUUGGCCCUUGUUCACAACAAAGCUAUCUUGAUCACUACCAAUUCUAUGGUUUUGUUUUGGAGGAGUUCCAAUGGCUUUGCAUAUAACUUUCCCUGUUUCUUUGAGAAGAUGCAAAAUGUGUUUUAUUUGGAAGAUGAAGAUGCCCUUUUCAAGUAGGUAACUUUUAUUCCAAGAAAGUACUUUAAUUUUCCAAGAUCGUUGUUCUCCAACUGGCACUAGUUUUUUCUUUCAAGAUUAGUUUCUCACAUAAAUCAUCCCUUGCAAUGAUUAUGUAAUCUGCACAGACUAAGAGAAUAGUAGGUUUGCCUUCUAAGGAAUGCUUGAUAAAUGAGGUGUGCUCACCUUGGCUUUGUGUAAGUCUUCAAAUAGUUUGAGUAAGUCUUCAAAACCAAGCACAGCGUGACUGCUUGGGUUUGUACAAGACUUUAUUCAUUCUACAUACUUUAUCACUUUUUUCAGUUGAUCCAAGGCUCUUUAUCCCUUUCUUUAGUAGACCCAAGGUUAGGAGGAAUUUUCAUGUAGAUUUCUUCCUCUAAAUGACCAUGUAAAAAUACAUUUUUCACAUCAAACUUGUUAGAAUGUUAUAGAUUUGUUAAUCAUUAGCUGUUACAAAUUCUAGGAAAUGAGGAUCAUGGAUCCUGAUUAUUAGGCAAGAAUUUAGUGUAUUUGAUUAUGUAAAUUAGUAUAAAUAUAUAACGUGUGGUCUGCAUUAGACUCAACAUUCAAAUAACUCUUUCUUAUAUGGUAUCAAUAGUUUUAGGUUUCUUCGAUCCAUUUCUUUUCCUUCCAGGUGAACAAUAACUGCAAUCCAUAGAAGACCCCAUUUUCUCUCAGGUGAACAACACUGGCGACCGUUGCUUGCCCUUUCCUUUUGUCACCAAACGCUCUUUUUUCCUCUGGUGACUCUGCUGUUGCUAGAACCGUCCUCCUCUGGUGAUCGAUCACUAAGCAUUGUUUGUCACUCUGUUCCACUACCUCAAGUGGCCACACCACGAAUAUUUUAUUCGGCAUGUAUUUUUCACACACCCGUAACAGAUUGCUACUUUCCCUUUCUUCCGGCACAACCAGCUUGAUGGCACAGCCCCGGCACAACCAGCUUGAUGGCACAGCCCCUGAUGCCCUGUUUUCGCUUAUUUUCCAUGAUUUUCGACAACUCUGACUCAAAAGCUGCCUGUUAACCUGGGUGGUUUCUUUUAUCUUGCUGAUGUUUCAUGCAGUGAUAAUAGAUUAGUCAACCAUUCAACUUUUUAGCAAUGUUCUUGAAACCAAUUCUUUGCAGCAAUUUUUUCUCCAUUUGACUAGGGAUUACUUGUAUACUUAAGUUGAAAAAUCUUGGAAUGUUUUUAUUUUAGAGUGAAACAGAAUGCUUUUAUAAUAAAGACAUUUUUUUUCUUCCGUUUU